AUAAAUACAUGGCAACAUAAACAAAUUUGUUCUAUUUUGAAAUGAUUCAUGGCUGAUAAAUAUCAAGAGCGAGGCUUAAUAUGUUUCAGUGCACCUUUUCAAUCAUAGUUUUGUGUAUCAAUUAAAAUAAUAAAUGUCUGAGUGGUCUAUUGGUCUCUUGUUUUAAAUGAUUUAGAGGUGGUGGGCGGGGGGUUGGUGUUGGCAGUAUAACUGUUGGUAUGCAUGGACAUGUAUUGUAAUUGUGCGCUUAUCUUUUCGGUUGUGCAGGCAAUGUCGGAGAUGACUUGGACAUCUGUAUAAAUCAGGCGACUACAGUGAGGGUGGUGAAGUCCAUUGGCUUUGACUACAAGGAACACAAUGCUUUUCGCACAUUGACUGUAGAGCAGGUGGCUGGCCUCCAAGAUAGACAAUAUGUUGGAAAGAUCCAGGUGAAGGUCCACUGGCUGCAGGCCGCCAGUAAAAUGGUCUCUGUCCGUGGCAACAUGCUGGAGCUCAAGAAAUGCCAUGUUGCUGACACCACCGGGAUGAUUAGGCUGUCCCUCUGGGGGGGGUGUAUUGGCCAAGUGGAGCAGGGCGUGUCCUACGUCCUGACGAACCUGGCGGUCCGGAAAGAGGGAGAGAUGAUUCUGACGACUACAAAGGACACCACCAUCCGGGUCUCAGAGGAGGAGGUCCUGGUUCCAGAAUCUGUUGCGAUUCUGCGACUGGAGGAUCUGGAUGCCAAGAAAUAUCCCAUGUCGGGUCCACAGAGAGGCUACUGCUUGAUCGUCAACAACUUUAAAUUCAGCUGUUCCUCUCCAAAACUUAGGAAUCGAACAGGGACAGUAAAAGAUGCAGAGAGCCUGAGUCUUGUGUUCACCUGGCUGGGCUUCCAGGUGGAGGUGGUGAAGGACGCCACCAGAGAUAAGAUGCUCUCCUCCAUGCGGGAGCUGGCCAGCAGGGACCACAGUGGGAUGGACUGCGUCGCUUGCAUCGUCCUGAGCCACGGCCUGGAGGGCGGCGUGUACGGGGUGGACGGGGGGGUGGUCCGGCUGGAGAAGCUCAAAUGGUAUGUGAAUGGGGAGCAAUGCCGCUCCCUGAUAGGGAAGCCCAAGCUGUUCUUCAUCCAGGCCUGCCAGGGCAACAAGAAGGUGAAGGUGGUCCCCGUCCCGGCCGACGGACCCGUCAACCCUGAGGUCCACGACCAAACUGACGGACCCAGCGGCCCCGGGGUCCACGCCCAGACCGACGGACCCAGCAGCCCUGGGGUCAACAUCCAGACCGACGGACCCAGCGGCCCCGGGGUCCCCGCCCAGACCGACGGACCCAGCAGCUCUGGGGUUAUCCGCAGCGACGUUGCUUCAGCGACUGAGUCGAUACCCAUUACGGCAGAUUUCCUGAUCAGCAUGUCUACCCCUCCCUCCCAUGUCUCUUGGAGAGACAGGAAGAAAGGCACCUGGUUCAUCCAGUCCUUGUACAAGAACCUUAUACUCAGGGUUCCACGGUGA